ACCUGACGUCAUUACGCUACGUACGUCUUCUUUGACGUACUAGGAAAAAGCAACAUAGAGUCGUGUCGGUAUUCUUUAUUCAAUUAUAAAUGAUUUGGUGACUAUAUUUCCACCAAAUCACGCGCAUCGGUUUAUAAUGUAGCACUCGUCUUUAUUUUCUGGCUUCGCAUGGAUUUGUAAAUGCGGUGCAGUACAAGUUUUACUGGCCAAUUCAGAUAAAGCCCGACAAAGUUAGAAAUAUUCUAUAUAAGUUAAUUUGUUCAUGGCUGAAUUCAUUAGUGGCUAUGAAUACAACUAUUAUCCAGCUUCAGUUCUGAAUCAGUUUUCACUAUUAGUUGUGUCAGUGGUGCAGAGACGAAUACAAUGGCUUCUGAUGGAGAACAUAGUUGCUCCUGCUGCUCACUUCCUGUCUCCUCUUCCAGUGUUUACCAGACAUUGAAUGAGAUAGAUUUUGAACGAGGUAUCUGGUCUGCUGCCAUGGAUGGAGACUUGAAAAGGGUCAAAUCAUUGAUCCAGAAAGGCAUUCAUCCAAACCUCAGAGACGCAGCAGGAUACACGGCUCUCCACUAUGCAAGUCGCAGCGGCCAUCUAACCGUGUGUGAAUAUCUUCUGGAGAAUGGUGCUUGUGCAUCACCACAGACACCAGGCGGUGCCACACCACUCCAUCGCUCAGCUUUCUGUGGUCAUCUGGAUGUCGUUAGAUUGCUUUUGCAUCACAAAGCAGAUCCAAUGAUCUCUGAUGAUGAUGAUGCAUCUCCUCUACACAAGGCUGCAGAGCAAGGUCAUGAAAAGGUGUGUCAACUGCUUCUUGAAGCCUUUCCAGCACUCUGCAGUCUGAAGAACAAGCGACUCCAGCUACCCUACCACAUAGCCCAUCAAGAACAUUUGAAGAAGCUCCUAAAACCACCUGACUGAGCUCAGCACACUUUGGCAUCCCAACAGUAGGUCAGGGUUCUAUGCCUUGCCAAGCAGCACUACAGGAGUGUACAGAUAAAACUAGCACAUCUCCAGGAAACAGUUUGAGUGUUUCAUAUCUCUUAUGAAUUCAUUCAUAAUUGAUUUUUAUUUGUAAAAAAUAUUUACUUUAAGUUUGAUUUAUCAAAAAGUAAUGUGAAAAUUCCUUUUUAAUUUGGGCACACCUGUGAUUCCAUAGAACACUGCUGUGUAACAAUAAACAACAAUACAGAGCCAUCAGCAGUCUGUGUGUAAGACAAUUGAAGUCUUCCACGUUAUGGUGUAGUAUUGGUGUGAGGCAGCAGGGGGAACCAUCAGCCUAACAGGACUUCUCCAACCAUGUAAAAUGACCUCAUGCUUAUGUUUGGAAAAGUAGCUGCUCAUCUCAAAACAUCAUAAAAAAAAGCCAGUGUGGCUGCUACAUCUGCUGUGAACACAUUACUUAACAUGGGGAAGGUGUCAACUAAACAGCAAUAUUUGAAAAUACAUGUUAUUGCAUGACACUUCUUUUCCAUUUCACAUUUAAAACUGAAUUUGGCAUUACCACGGAGACAAAGCCAGCAUGCUAUGUGUAUUUUGUCACUUACCAGUCUUGAUCCUCUGUUUUUAAAUGAUCUUGCAAAAUGCUCAAUACUGCAUGUUUAUGGGGAAAUUAUAUUGAGUAAUACAAUUAAUUUAUUCUAUUCAAUUUUUUUUCCUCAUGCCAGUUAUUAUAGUAAACGGACUGGUUGGUGCCCGUACAUUGUGUAAAUAUGGAGAUGUCCUGUAUAUGUGUCAUACCAUAGUAUGGUGGCCAACAGGGGCAAACGUGCGGCAACUUCCAAAUACAGAAAUCAUCUAAAACCGUACAUUAGCAAUAUGAAAAGUUGUACAUAAACACUAAUAUAAAACAUUUUCUAUGCCACCUAUCCUCACUGGGGCAUUGGUUGUAAUAUUUUACAAUAUCCUAGAGUGACUGAUUUACGUCGCACCCCGCCUCUCGCUCAAAGUCAGCUAGGAUAGGCUCCGGCAUACCCCCACGACCCUAACGAGGAUAAGCAGCAUAGAAAAUGGAUGUUUGCAUUACACGUUUGCACCCUCCUGUUGUUCAUCUAAACAGCAUCCCAUUGUUUUUGUCUGGAUACAGAACAAAUAAGCAAAGGGAACAAACAAUGAAAGCUUGGCAGUAAUUAUUGAUAUACUAAAACAGAUGUUAAAGGUCUCACAUGUACAUAUUUGAGACAAAUACUGACCUUCACCACAAUACCGUGCAAGUACAAACAGACCAGGACAGAAAUUGCUCUUUCCAAUCUGAGGAACUUUCAUUGGGUCGGCCAGUGGGUGGUGUUUCCAAACUACCUUCGAAACCACAUCCAGUACAGCGACUGGAGGGGUGCCAGGCCACAUCUGGAGCUCAUUGCAGCUGACGCCACACAGCACAAGGAG